CAACCUUUCUGGAAUCAUUUUUGCACUUUUUCAUAUCUUUUAUUUAUUUAUUUUCUUCAAAAUAACACCUCAUUUCUUGAGUCCUCUUUCAAUUCACACAAUUCGAUUUCUUCAAUUUUCAGAAAAUUAGUGUUCCAUGGGGGAUGAAGUUAAAAUUGACGGAGGUGAGGAUAGGGUGACGGAGUGGGAGGCCGGCCUGCCGACCGUCGAUGAUCUGACGCCGUUGUCCCAGGCACUGAUCCCGCCGGAGCUGGCAUCGGCUUUCAAAAUCUCGCCAGAGCCUACCCGGACUUUUAUCGAUGUCAACCGUGCUUCUAAGAACACUAUCUCGUCCCUCUGCGGACGCGUUUCCCAGCCUUCCUCCAACUUCAAGCCGUUUUUGAACAAUCAAAAUCAUCAGAGUGAGCCCUCCGCGCAGAAUCACAUGAUGGAGGAGACGGAGAUGGACGACCCGGACCCGACACAGGAAGGAUCCGACCCGAAGAAAUUCAGGAGGAUGGAGCCCGAGGAGGUUGACUCUGUUACUCAGACCGCCGCCACCGAUAACGGUACGGAUGACCAGUCAGCGGCGGCGAAGACUCUGAAGAGGCCGAGGCUUGUGUGGACCCCGCAACUCCACAAGCGUUUUGUGGAUGUUGUGGCGCACUUGGGAUUGAAGAACGCGGUGCCGAAGACGAUUAUGCAGCUCAUGAACGUAGAGGGACUGACUCGGGAAAACGUGGCUAGUCAUUUGCAGAAGUAUAGACUGUACGUCAAGAGGAUGCAGGGGUUAUCGAAUGAGGGACCCUCCGCGUCGGAUCAUUUGUUCGCGUCUACACCAGUGCCACCCCAGAGCUUUAAUGAUUCUUCUAGUUGCAGUGGCCAUGGGAAUCUGGCUGCAAAUGGGAAUCGCGGUGGUGGGAACAGAGAGAAUCAUGUGGGGAUGCCUAUUCCGAUGCCAUAUCCACCUCCACAGCAACUUAUGCCCAUGCCAAUGAUGGUAAUGGCCGCACACGGGCAUGUAGGAAUGCAAGGAAAUAUGAAUUCCCCUGCUGGAAUCAAUGGUUACGAGGCUCAUUCUCAUCACAGUCAUUAUCCCCAGCAGUAUAGUAGUAUGAUGCAGCAACAGAGGGACUGGUCUGGGAAUAAGUACAAUGGUUACCUGCACCAUGCUAAUCCAAAUGAUAAAUAAAUCUUUGCCUAGUCCAAAUUGGAUAGUGGAAAAAGAGUGGUGCUAACUUUGAAGCCUGGAUAUUAUUCCUUAUUUUGUUGGAAAGUAAGACAAGAGAAAACUCUGUAUAUCACUUUCAUCAGGAACAAUGACGUACAAUUUGGAGUCACUGUUUAUCAUUUAGGGCUUUGUUUUGUCGUCGCAUCAAUUUGCUAUAUUUUCAAGUAUAUAGUGGUAGAAGCACUAGUUUCUGGUUCAGGGUAUAAUCAUCUGCUAAAUUGCUAUGACUUUUCAAGGUAUACUGUUUUUGCUUUUGACCUCUCCGUUUCUUAACACUUAUUCCAUGAUUAUAAAAAUUGGCAUUACUUUUCAAGAAGCCUCUUGUUUUGUGAGAUCAUGGACACGAUCCAGAUUCAAGACACAUGGUGCAAUCCGUAAUAUAAUAAAUAUCCACUCAUAUUAAUAGAGAUCAAUCAGUUGAUGAGUGGAAAAAAUUUCGAUGUCCGAGAGUUCCAACUCUUGGUUUUUUGGAACUCUGUAGGAUUUCGAUUUACUUCCUAAGUAAGAAACAGACAUUUAGGUACUGUUAGCUUAUGAAAUGAAGUAGUUCUUUACUUUGCAUUCUUUCCUGGGUUUAAUAAUUCAAAAAAGGUGCACAACAAAGUCAAACUUAUCCAUCUUUUGAUGCAAGCAUCUUACCCCACAGGCUACAAAAGUAUUGGGAUUUUAUCAUGUGAACUGUGAAGUCUCUACGUUGAAUUUCAGAUGCCUUUGUACAUAAAUGUUCAGAGUCUAUAUAAAACCUGAAUGUAACUUAAAGAUCAUGAGUGAUGUAAGUGUAACUAUAUGAAAAGGUGGUUAUUGUCAGAAAUUGAACAUUUUGCUAUUUUGAGAUCUUCUAUAGAUGCAAAUCUGAAUAUCUUCCUUACGGAACUGCUUUUUUUUUCGUUUUUUUGUCUAAUCUUCUAGCACAGUUUCAGAUUUACCAAGCUAUUAACCCCCGAACCACAACUACUAAGAAGCUCGAUUUGCAGCUCUUGAUCUGUCGGGUGUUCCCGGAGACUGGUAUUGAAGACACAUUGAGUUAUCCGAACAGAAAUAUUUGAGAUUGUACCUGAGUUGGAUACCUAAUAGAUUACAAGGUAUUAAAGUGGAAACUUCUCCUUAAAUAAAUCCCACCUACUUGCUGUCAGUUGCUACUAUAUAUUUAACCUGUACGUUUAUAUAGUGAUGAAAUGUAUUGUUAUAAAAAUUACUCUCCUCAGACGUAUACAAGCUAUCCCUCUUUAAGAUCCCGUUAUUGCUUCUUUGUAUUAUGCAUCGGGCCACUAUUUUAUUGAGAAAAACCGAAUCACUAUAGUGAUUCCUGACUACUAGUUGUUAAUUGCUCUUUGUAUUACGUGUCUCACCCCUAAUUAAUUGAGAAUAAGACUUGACAUGUUUUCA